GGGUCCCGGUUGGGAUCUGCCCCAUUGCCAUGUGGGCUGUGGUGUGGGUUUUGUUCCCAGGAGGGGCUCUCACCUGGCCUGAAUUCCAUGGUGUGGCAGUUUGUGUCCAGUUUCUUGUCUCAUUGUGUCCCUGAGCCCCCGUGUGCUGUCAGAGCUGUGCAGGUUGAGCGUGUGCAGCUGGGCUGGUGCAGCUGCAGGUGGGAGUGUGCAGGAGGGAAGUGGCACCUCUGCUGAGCCUGGCCAUAAAGCUGUGAUGUUUUCUGCUUCUUGCAGGUCUCCAGUUAAACCCAGGACAUUCCGGCCAGCCCAGAUGCAUGAUGCAGACAAAAUGCCUGAUCCUGUCUGGGCCUGGAGUUGGAUCCAGCUGCUCCAGGCUCUCAGCUUCUGGAAAACCGGGGCAUCCGUUCUGCACCCCAUGACCCAACUGAAGGGGCUUCCCCAUAAACCGCCACAGCUUCCUGGGGAGCUGGCAAUGCACAGCACUGGGUGUCACCCACUCCUGGAGAGCUGGCAAUGCACAGCACAGGGUGUCACCCACUCCUGGAGAGCUGGCAAUGCACAGCACAGGGUGUCACCCACUCCUGGAGAGCUGGGAAUACCCAGCACGGGGUGUCACCCACUCCUGGAGAGCUGGGAAUGCACAGCACGGGGUGUCACCCACUCCUGGAGAGCUGGGAAUGCACAGCACAGGUUGUCACCCACUCCUGGGGAGCUGGGAAUGCCCAGCACGGGGUGUCACCCACUCCUGGAGAGCUGGCAAUGCACAGCGCAGGGUGUCACCCAUUCCUGGGGAGCUGCCAGCUGGUCCCUGGGGCAGAACUGGGGGUUGCUCUUGCUCCAGGGACAAGCUGUGGGAUGGCUCAAAUCCCAGUGAUUCUGAGAGCUCUUGGAUCCACCCUGCACCCCUGGCAAGUUUUCCCUUGCAGUCGGCCGCACUUAAUUUUGGGUGUUUGUGCUUCAUGUGUGCUCCACCCACACCUUGAGGUGCCUUGGGAUCCACCUACACCCUCAGGGGUUCUGGGGUGCCCUGGCUUGUGCUGGGGAUGUAAGGAAAGCAGAACCUACUUGGGGAAGGUGCCCCCAGCGAGAAAUGGGGAAUGGGAGCUUGUGUGGCUGUGCCCAGAAAGCUGGGAGGGGUCUUGGGAAAGGGAUGAUGGUACAAGAGACCAGCAGAACCCUUCCAGGGAGGAAACAGCUUGGACAUUCCGUGAGGAAGCUGGGCCCUGGCACCAGCACUUCAGGUGCAGGGGGCGAAGGAAGCAGGUGGAGCUGCUUUUUUAUGGAUCCUGCUCCAUGGGAUCUGACAGUGGCCAUCCCAUGGGAUCAGCACUGUGGAAUUGCGACUGGGAGGGUGCUCAGGGCCAGUGCUGCUCCUUAGGGCUCCCCUUGUCGCCCUCCUGGGACAGGAUUAGGAUUUGGAAGGGAUGUGGAGCCCCAGCUCUGCUCCAAGCCUGGCACAGCUGGGAAUUGUAGUGCAGGUGCUUCAUGGUCCUUGGCCAGACUUGGAAUCUCCUCCUCUUGCUGCCAGAUGAGCCACAUGGCUCCUUCUGCUCCAGCCCCAGCUUCUGCCAGGCCUCCUCCAGCACCUCCCAGUCCCCCACCAUCUGCUUCUCUUUGGCUUUCAGUACCUGGCACUGGAAUUUCAGCUCUGCCUUUCCCAGGCAUGGGCUGGGAGACCUGAUGUGUUCCCUGCCCUGUCCUGGACACUCUCAUGACAUCCCAUGGUUUGAGAUCCUCAAACUCAGAUCUCAGCCCCCCUCACCUGGGGUUUGAGCCUCUCAGUCUGGAGUUUGGGAUCCUCCUCCUAGGGGUUGGGACCCUUGAACUCUUGUGCCUGAGGGUUCAUUCCCUGGCUGCCAGUUUCCACCCCAAACUGAGGGAUUUUUUAUUUUUCAUACCAGUUUCUCAGGGAGGAGCUGGAGCUGUCUGCAAAAGGCUGAACCCAGUCUGACCAGCAGGACUGGCACUGGUUUGGAGUAGGGAGUCAGUGGGUUGAUGAUCAUGGCCCCACGUUUUGUUGGUUGUAAAGUGGCUGGUUUUGCACUCAGUGGUGGGGUUUGGGGGUCACACCCGGAUAAAACUGGGGGAGGUGUAGGAGAGGAGCUUAUUUGGGGAUACAGAGACAAAAGGGCCAUGGGGGGGACCCCAGAGUGGGCUUUGGGAUCUCCCUUAAGUGGGCGAGGGGGUCGGAGGGAGCCCAGGUCGAGCUUUGGGGUUUUUGGGCUGGAUUUUGGCAACUUGGGUGUUGGUGCCCCCUGGCGGCUGGAAGGACCCAGCUUGGGGUUCCUGCUCAGUGGGGGAGGGGCGGUUUUGGGAGGGUCCUUCCCAAAUGGAGCAUGUGACGGGAGAACCCUGGAGACCCCAGGAGGCAGAUCUGGGGUCCCCUGGGCGUUGGUGCCCCGUGGUGACUGGGAGGACACAGCAGCGUUUCCUGGUCCCCCUCACCGGGGCUGGGGUUUGAGGGUAGAUUUUGGGGAUCCCCAGGACAUAUUUUAGGAUCUCAGGGUGGGUUUUGUGGUGGGUUGAGGGGUCCUGGAUGGAUUUGAGGGUUCCAGCGUCUGCAGUGCAAAGUCCAGGGCAGGGGCACUGUGGGUCAGACCCCAGUGGACACCACCACGAUGUGAGGCCCCAAAAACUGGGGGAGUGUCCCCAAAACAGUCCCCCUGAUGGCCUCUGCUGUGUGCAGCUCCUGGGAGACACCUUCCACCCUUCCCCAAAAGUUGGGUGUACACUGGACACCCCCCGAAAUUGGGGUGUGUCACAGCCCAAAUCUGUCCAAUUGGAAACCCCCCCACAAACAAAAUCACCAUUUCAGGGGCUGCUCCACCCUCUGACCUCCAGCGUUGGGGUGUUCUCGCCCUAGUCCUCCAAAUCAACACUUAAGACCACAAAAUUGGGAGUCCCCUAAACCAGAAACGUGAAAUCUGCUCGUGGGGGCUCCCCACGACCCAGUGACCCCCAGAAUUAUGGUCUGAGCAUCUAGAACAACGCCAAAUUCCAGCUCUCCAACCCACUGGCCAACAAAAUUACAAAGUUCUCUCCCUCUAGCGCCGUCUAAUCCAGGGUGCAAACCCUCAGUAAAUACCUAAAAUUGGAUAACUCUCAAUCCAGAACACCCCAAAAUUGUAGUUCCUCCACUCAAACCCUCCAAUCCAUGCAUUUCCUACCCACCGUUGCCCAAAACAGUGGUCCCCUCACAAAAAGAAAAAAAAAAAAAAAAAAACAAAAACACAAACACCCAAAACUGGAGUUUUCCAACACUUUGACCCCCAAAGAUUGUGUUCUCCCCCUUAUCUUUGAGGCUGCUUCACAUUUUACAGCAGAUUGCCUCCAGUUUACUGAUUCAGCCUUAUGCCUUAAAGUCCCCCAUUUUUGUCACACCCUUGAUUUUGGGGUCUCAUCUGGGGGGCUGCACAUAGCCUGGAUCUGUGUGGUUACUCCCCACUUUCCAGGGGUUUCCCCGAUUUUCCCCCGGUCUAUCUCCCAUUUUUACAAUUCAAGCCCCCAUUUUUGGGGUCCAGUCUCACCACUGCUGGUCCCCCUCUGAUUUUGGGGCUCACCUGUGGGGCCAGGUUGUCCAGCAUGAUGAUGUCAGCCCCAGCCCCCGCAGCCGCCAGUGCCUCCUCCGCACUCGAGCACUCGACCUCCAACCAGCAGGUGAAGCCCCUGGCCCGGUGCACCCCCAAAAUCAUCUGGGGAAGAGGAGGGUCAGGGGGAACCCCAGAUCGACGCCCAAUCCCUCAGACCAAUAUGGGCUGGGGUAAAAUGGAGGGCUGCCCCCAGUCAUUGACUUAAAAUUAGGGUCCCCCAGCAUGGAUCCCCACAAAUUGGCAUCUGCUCCCUAGAUUCCCCCAAUUCAAGGGUGUCCACUGACCCCAAAGUUGGGCUUCCCCCACCUACGACUCCCCCCUUCCCAGUUCAGGGGUUACCCCCCAAACUGGGACCUCCCUUUUGCAUCCCCCCCAGUCCAGGGGUCCUCCACCAUCAGUCCGUGUCCAGAACACCCCAAUCCAGGAGUUUGUCCCAAAAUUGGUACCCCCUUCAAGUGUUGGUGCUUCCCCACCACCCUCCAAAUAUGGGGUACCCCCAGCCAUCACUUUCUCCAAAAUUGACCCCCUUCACCAAAACACCCCAUUCCUCCAAACCUCACGUUCCCCCCAUUCCACACCCCCAAAACUGGGGUUGUCAUGCCUACCACCAAUUCAAGGGUCCCCCCACCCAUUUACCCCCAAACUGGGGUUCCUGCACCCCCAGUCUCCGGGGUUCCUCACCUGCACCCCGCAAUCCAGGGGUCCUGCCCAUCAGGCGGGCAGGCUGUUUUUUGGGCAGGUUGAUGUUCACAUCCAGGCCAGUGAUUGGUUCUCUGACAGGCUGUGGGGGACAUCUGGACCUUGUGUCUGGCAGUGGGGCAGGAGCUGCUGAAGCCACCGCCUUCCCGAGAUUGUCCUCGUGGAGAAGGGGACAGCUCAGCGCUCCAGGCGCUCGCAGCACAUGUUGGACAGAAAAGAAAAGCAGAUGGGAGGGGUUCUUUGUGUGGUAUUCCAGGGGAGUUUAUUGACAGCACACUGAAGGCAACCAAGGACAAAGAACCAAGAGCAAAGGAGGGUUAUAAACAGGGUGAGGGAGGCAGAGCAUCAACACUGAGGGCCAAUGGGUUGAAGGAACAGGGGCAGUACAGAGGCAGGGAUAAAGUGUAGCAACCAACUGGGAUCCAGGGGAGGAGCAGUAAGAAACCAGGUUGAGUUGGGGAAGCAGGAGCAGGGGACAUUCUAGAACUGGUGAGGAGAAAAGCCAUGAUGUAACUGGGAACAUUAACAUAAAGGCACAAGGAACUGUUGGAGAACAUCUUCUAGUGUUGCCCUGACUUAAAGGGGUGUUUCUUACUGUUAUAAAUGAAAAAUGAAAAAUAGCCAAUUUUAAUAAAAAUAUGAAAAAUAAAA